AUGUUUCCGCCGUCGGCAGGGUACAACCUCGAUAUCGAGGCCAUCAGCGGCAUCAUGGGUUCCAUCUCAAUUGCCUGCUGGGUGGUCGUCUUCUCUCCUCAGAUCAUCGAAAACUUCAGACGUAGCAGCGCCGAGGGUCUGAGUAUAGAGUUUGUUAUUAUAUGGCUUCUUGGAGAUUUCGCCAACAUCAUCGGUGCUGUCAUGCAAAAGGUUCUUCCUACCAUGGUGAGUUUACAAGUNAUCAUCUUGGCCAUCUACUACACAUUUGCGGACAUCGUCUUGUUGGCUCAAUGCUUCUACUAUCGCGGAUUCCACUUCAGAGAUCCCAAGCCCGUCGAGCCUUCAGAUGUGGAGCAGGAAACUCCCACCGAGCGCUCUGGUCUUCUAUCAGCCAAUGGCAAUGGCGGCAGCGAUCUCCCUCGCACACGCUCGACAUCGUCGUUCGGCGAGCGCUUCGUAAACGACGGCGUGCACAUGUCGCCCGCAAACCCCAUGCACCCAACCCCCAAAGUGCAAAGACCGCGCUCCGCCAAACGCUCCAUUAUGCAAAAGCUGCUCUUCAAUCUUACUUGCAUUGUCCUCGUGGUUGCAGCAGGCAUUGCAGGCUACUAUCUGAGUCCCUCGUCCAGCGGCAACGGCAACGAGACCGAAGAACAGCAAAACGACAGCUUGCACUUCAACAUCGUCGGCCAGGUGUUUGGUUACCUGUGCGCUGCCCUCUACCUCGGCAGCCGUGUACCCCAACUCCUGCUCAACUACCGCCGCAAGAGCACCGAAGGCCUCAACGCCCUCUUCUUCCUCUUCGCCUGUAUUGGAAACUUGACCUAUGUUCUCAGCAUCUUUGCCUUCAACCCCAUCUGCCAUCACGGCAAGCACGGUCAGAAAUGUAGACCGGGAGAGGCCAGUGCCAUCUACGGUAGAUACAUCUUGGUCAAUUUGAGUUGGUUGCUCGGAAGCCUGGGCACGCUAUUCCUCGACUUUGGCGUCUUUGCUCAAUUCUUCAUCUACAGGAACCAGGAUGAUGAUGACGAGCAAGACUUUGAAGAUGUCAUUGGAGAGGAGGAAGACAGAGGCAGAUCUGUGCAAUAG